CAUGGUUGUUGGUGAUCGCAAAAAUGGGAAUUACAGAAAAGAUUGCGGAUAUUGAGCGUGAAAUUGCGCGAACGCAAAAGAACAAGGCGACCGAGUACCAUCUCGGUCUGCUCAAGGCAAAGCUCGCCCGGUAUCGGGUGAUGCUCCUUGAGCCGACUGGAAAGAGCGGACCGAAGGGUGCAGGUUUCGAUGUGGUCCGAAGUGGGGAUGCGAGAGUGGCAAUGAUUGGAUUUCCAUCCGUGGGAAAAUCUACCCUAUUAUCUAAAACGACCGAGACAAAAUCCGAGGCAGCAUCGUACGAGUUCACAACAUUGACUUGCAUUCCAGGGAAGAUUCAUUACAAUGGUGCACAGAUCCAGUUGUUGGAUCUUCCCGGUAUUAUCGAAGGCGCUGCACAGGGGAAGGGUCGUGGAAGACAAGUCAUUGCUGUUGCCAAAACCGCCGACCUGAUUUUGAUGAUGCUGGACGCAACGAAGGGCCCCCGCCAAAGAGAGCUUCUCGAAGCCGAACUUGAAGCUGUCGGUAUCAGAAUCAAUACGCACAGGCCAAAUAUUUAUUUCAAAGUCAAGAAGGGCGGUGGUAUCUCUUUUAACAGUACUUGCAAGUUAACACAUUUGAAUGAGAGGAUGGUAUACCAGAUUUUACAUGAUUACAAGAUUCAUAACGCUGAAGUGCUAAUUCGUGAAGACGCCACCGUGGAUCAAUUCAUCGAUGUCGUCCUUGGCAACCGUAAAUACAUUUCCUGUCUCUAUUGUUACAACAAAAUCGACGAGAUAUCUAUCGAAGAAGUAGACUCUCUAGCCCGCGAACCCAACACUGUCGUUGUUUCCUGCGAAUCCGAUCUAAAUCUCGAGUAUCUUAUCGACCAAAUAUGGCAUCAUUUGGAUCUUAUCCGAGUUUACACAAAGAAGAGAGGGGAGUUUCCUGAUUUUGAUGGCGGAUUGAUUUUAAAGAGAGGAACUACAGUUGAAGGCGUUUGUCGGAAUAUUCACAAGAGUUUGGUAGACGAGUUCAACUAUGCUUUGGUGUGGGGGACUUCCACAAAACACAACCCACAGCGAGUAGGGUUAAACCACGUAGUAGAGGAUGAGGAUGUGAUACAGGUUGUUAAAAAGAAGUAAUAUCGUGAACAUUGAGACGUGGAUACAUGUGUAUGUUUCUUUGGCUAUGUUUAUAGAUUGUCUACAAGGAAUCGGGGCGUUAUAACCCACUUUGGAUGCAUCAAAAUUCUGAACACAAGAGAUUACAGUUUUGAAAAAAUGUAUACAAGAGCGGCUCCUUCUAAUCAAGCCGGCACAUCAUCGAAAAAAAAAUGAAAAAAAUGCUCUACCUAAGUGAUCAAGCUAUCGA